AUGGCCCCAGACAUCCUACAUCAAGUUAUCAAAGGCGCAUUUAAGGACCAUCUCAUGGAUUGGGUGGAGAAAUACCUUGUGCUUACUCAUGGGAGGACUGAAGUGGACUGUAUCUUAGAUGAUAUUGAUCACAGGAUUGUGGCCAUUGCCUCAUUUUCUGGUCUGCACCGCUUUCUGCAAGGAUGCGGCUUCAAGCAAUGGACAGGGGAUGACUCCAAAGCCCUCAUGAAGGUUUACAUUCCCGCAAUUGAGGGGCACAUACCGACAGAUGUUGUUCGCACAUUCUGUGCAUUGCUAGAGUUCUGCUACCUUCUCUUUGGUGCCCCCAAUGGACUUUGCUCAUCAAUCACUGAGGGCAAACACAUCAAGGCUGUGAAGGAACCAUGGAGGCAGUCAAGUAAAUACAAAGUGCUUGGUCAGAUGCUGGUCACAAACCAGCAUCUUAGUAAACUCCCCACUGCAUGUGUUGAUUUUGAAAGCCGUGGAAUGUUGAAGGGUACCUGCCUUUCAGCCAAACUUGAGGCUCUUGGUAUGUCAAACAAUCCCAAUGUCCCUAACAAUGAAGACCCCAAUGACCCCCUACCAAACCAAGCAAGUAAUCUUGAGGACGGCGAUGACUUAAUGAUUGACCAUGGCCUGACCAUUCUACAAGCACAUACUCAACUUGCUUGA